AGGAAGAGUGCCUUAGAACAACAGCAACUCGAGGCGGCGAAGAAAAUGACACUUCUGAAUGAAAGCGGUCCACGGGUUGUGGAUAUAAAUUUUUCCAGCGAUUCAGCAAGUACCUUGGGAGAUGUUGAAGCGAUGGAACUUGCGCAUGAAGAUGCUCCAGUUGUUUGUGCUAACGAAGCAGAACAACAAGAAGAAAGUAUGGCAACUGGUGUAGAAACACAAACAGAAGCAUUCGAUUAUUUAUAUCGAAAAACUGUCGGAUGUGAAGCGCCCGACAAGGACGCUGAAACCCAAACAGAGGCAUUCGAUUAUUUANGAUGGAACUUGCGCAUGAAGAUGCUCCAGUUGUUUGUGCUAACGAAGCAGAACAACAAGAAGAAAGUAUGGCAACUGGUGUAGAAACACAAACAGAAGCAUUCGAUUAUUUAUAUCGAAAAACUGUCGGAUGUGAAGCGCCCGACAAGGACGCUGAAACCCAAACAGAGGCAUUCGAUUAUUUAUAUCGAGAAACUGGCUGUUUAGAAGCGCCCGACAAGGACGCUGAAACCCAGACAAAAGAAUUUGACUAUCUUGUCCUAAAAGUAGCGGCUAUCAAGCACCAGACAGGGAAUUCUUUAAAGGUUACGAGAAGGUGUGUUUUUACACAGGUCUGCCUUCAUACGAAGUACUCUUGGUGACAUUUGAACAUGUUGCUCCUUAUGUCACUCGCCGUACUCAAUCAUUAGACAGACUUCAAGAAUUUGUGCUGGUUUUGAUGAAACUUCGGUUAAAUGUGCCACUUCAGGACUUGGCGUACCGAUUUAACAUAUCUUUGACCACAGCCUCUAGUAUUUUUUCAUCUUGGAUGGUGGUGCUGGAUGCCAAGUUGUCUACUCUUGUUUUUUGGCCUGAAAAAGAACAGUUAUGGAACACAAUGCCAGUUUGUUUUCAGGAUGCUUUCGGAAAGAAAGUCACUGUGGUAAUUGAUUGUUUUAAGCUGUUUAUUGAACGUCCAUCAAACUUACUUGCAAGAGCCCAAAUAUUCUCCUCAUAUAAGCACCACAACACUAUAAAAAUACUCAUUGGUAUUUUCCCUCAAGGAAGCAUAUGUUUUGUGUCAGAAGCCUGGGGAGGCCGCACUUCUGAUAAGUAUUUGACCGAAAAUUGUGAAUUUUUGGAACAUUUAUUACCUGGGGACAUGGUAAUGGCGGACAGAGGAUUCACCAUUGCAGAGAGUGUCGGUUUAAAACAAGCAAAGUUGGUGAUUCCAGCAUUCACGAAAGGAAAAUCCCAGCUCGACCCUGUGGAUGUGGAAAAGAAAAGGGGAAUUGCAAAUGUGCGUAUCCAUGUGGAGCGAGUGAUCGGAUUGUUACGACGCAAGUACACCAUUUUAGAAGGAACACUACCAACUGAUUUCCUUAAUUCUGCAAAUGGAGAGGUUCCAAUGAUUGACCGUAUUCUGAGGGUUUGUGCUGCACUAGUGAAUUUACGCCCUCCUAUAAUACCAUUUGACUAG